AUGGUAUCUGAACGGACGCGAGCUCAUGAAAAGUACCGUAAUCCUACCGUAAUCCACUGCAAUGUAUACGGUAAUCUUGAGCGAAUUCCUCUUGCAGAUGACCGAUGCAGACAGACACUCCACCAUGGUUUUGCCACUCUCGACAUAAUCGACUCGACCAAAGACGACAGCGGUGUUUUCACUUGUCGCGCGAUCAAUAAACUUGGACAAGCUGAAAAUCAAGCCACUGUCAUUGUGCAUCCUCGCGUGGAUUUGCACAAUUACGAAGCGAAUCGACAUCUAGACGUAGACGAUGUGCGAGAAAUCCAGUUUAGCCACGCGAAACAAGACGAAACACCAAAGUUUUUAUCACCGGUACGGUAUUCUACAGUAAGCUGCGACUGAUA